UGAGGACUUCAGUUCCUAGCAGUUCGUCUUCGAAGGUAGAUUGUUGUUUGUGAACGCGAGCGUGGAAAGUGCGAUCGCACGUCGACUGCGACAAGAAGAUUCGUGUGGAUUCUUGAUCUUGAGCACGCUGGAUUCUGCACUGCGCGCGCGAGAGAGUUAUUAAUCGGAAGCAGGAAGAGAAGCGGUGUGGUGUUACAAACCGGCACUGCACUGGGGGGAAGGUGGUACCGGCUCGCCGUUUUUCGGUAGUGAAGUGUGCGGCUUUCGUUCAUUCAUCGAUUCGCCAGUGCGAGGAGUAGUCGUCACGGACGCCCGCUCGCAGUUCAUUCAUUAACCGGAUCGUUUGACUUUUUGACCCAAGGCCCAUCAUCAUCAUCAACGCCUACUGCUUUUUUAUCGCGAUUUUCAAACAGUGGUGAAGACUUUUGCGCCCGUCGGACUGCGAUUUAGAAUGUAAGCUGGAUAUCUCAGCGGUGCUGCGUGGAAUGCUCUAAUCGUGAUCUUGAUCGCGUGCGCUUAAGUCGCGCGAAGUUGUGCAAGCAUUGCGGAGGCCGUCACUUGCCGCGAGCGCACUCUGUCAGGUUAUUAAUUAGCCUAACGGAUAAGAUAAGCGAUUGUUUUGCAUCCAAAAGAUUGCCAUCUAUCUUAAUUAACGCCAAGCGAAAGGGGGGUGCUCUCUGCCACUGGACGUUGCAUGGCGAUCGCCCGAUGAUCAAUGCAGAGAAACGAUAAAAACAAACAAAUCAAGUGAACGGACAUUCGAGAGCUGGCAUCGGCUCAUCAUCAUCAACAUCAUAGGGUUGUGCGGGGAAGAAAUGUAUCGCCUAAUGAGAUUUACUUAAUUUAUGUAUUAAGAGAGCUGGUUGUUAGAGUCAGUCAUAAAUAUUUCCUCAAUUGGCUCGGGGAGAAGCAAGAGCACAGAAGUUGGCUUUGAAGACGCGCGCGGUUUAUUGAAGUGUAUUCGGUGGCUAAUUAUUCGUUUGCGCACCCGUUUCUGUUCAAAAACUAGUGGAAACAUUAAUUUCCCAAGUCCCGGGAGGGACCCGAGAAAGAGUUAGUGAAGUGAACGCCGCAAUAAAAAUUGUGUAAAAAGUCGUAAAAAAAACCUCGAAAAGCCUAAACAAAAGCUCCGGUAACGAGCAACCGCUGCCGUUCAUCGGAAGAAGCAGAUAAAAACCCGUCAUCAUCAUCAUCAUCGUCGCCUUGGCCGUCACCGUCUUCGUCGUCGACAUUCGUCAUCAUGGGGACCGUUGCCGGUGGGAUCCGUCAAAGGUCGCUUCUGUAUCUGCUACUGGCGCUGCUGCUGAUAACAAUCGAACAAUCGGCUGCAUGUUACUUCCCGAUUGAGUACCAAGGAGAGUACAUCACCCAGAAUACCGUCACAGAUGGGUCGGUUCGGUACAGCCGCAUCAACAUCACCGAGAGUGCGAUCCCGAUCUGGGGAAACUGCCACAAGCGGCACGACAAUAACGUUGUCCUAAAAACGGGCACCGAAGAGGCCUCCUGCUUUCGGUGCUUCCAUCUGAAAUUGGUUUCCAAGAACGUGCUGCGAGUGCUGACCACCGAUAACGACUACAUCUCCAAGUGUCACACCAACGAGGAGAAAGCACUGGCAUCCUGUCUGGGGGACGACGCCCUACAGGAUGAAGAUAAAAGCACUGAAAUUAUUCUUUACAAAUUCCGUGAAUGGAACAACGACGAGGUCCGCCAGGAAUACUGCCCAAUCCACGGCCGUUACAAGCUAACCUACAACAUCGACAACGGAACCGAAGAUCGCGUCGAAUGUGAAUCCCCGGAAUCCGAGGUGGACAACUGUCCAUCCGGGUCGGCUUUGAAUCUCCGCUUUCGCAACUGUGCCUUCCAUGAUCAGGAAGUCACCUUCGAGUGCCUCGGCCACUGGCGGGGACUCCGCAAACAGAACUACCUAGCGCUGGUCAACACCAACAAUGACGCCCGCCUCGGGCCAAAGUACCGAUGCGCCACGUGGGUUGAGAACCCCAAAACAGGCGAGAUCGAGAUCUCAUUCAGCAAGGACUCAACUUGUCGAUCGAUCAACAAGUACCAUCGUAAUGCGAACUCUUAUGGUAACAACAUCAACAACGAUUAUCACAGUGAAGUCCUCGCACUGACCCCUAUCCCGCAGGAGUUCGGACAGAUUAGCCAGUACUGCAGCUUUCCCAACUGGUUGAUCGGAAAAUGGGAGCACGUGAUCGUCAGUCAGAAUCAGCUCAUCUACAAAGAUCACACUUCAUUUAAAACCUACACGAUGAAGUGCGUUAAAAACAACACCAGCUACGAUUCGGACAAGUACAUCGUUUACAGUCAAACGCAAUGUGGCGAAGAGAAAUAUCAAUGCCUCAAGAUCCAACGACGGGACGAAAACGUGUUCGAGUUUCAGAUCAGCUCCCGGUCGGAGCCUAACUUCACCAACACGAUCUGCAACGAGUUCUACUUCAACGACGACCGGUGGCUAACCCAGGGACGGCUGGACAGCAACAGCAUCGUUUCGCCCUGCCCCAUUGUCGGAGAGUUCGCCGGCGUCAUCCCGGACGACGAAGGGCUGUGCGCCAAGCUCUCGUCCGAGUGCGUUUCACCGGACAUCAUGUACUACCAGAUUUCGGCCUGCGAGUUUAACGAAAUUUACGAAGAGCGGGAAUAUCGCUGUCUGGGACAGUGGACCCACCGAAACAUCGUCUACACAUACACUCAGCGGAGAGACGUCGGAACCUACGAAUGCUUCGUAGGCACGAUGCUCUCCGAUCGACAGAUCUUCAUCAAGGAAGCCGGCGAGCACUGCCAACGGGACGUUAACCCGCACCGGUUCGGCAUGGAGCUCAACAAGGUCGCCCACUGCAGUGUCCCAGAACCGUUCAAACCGUCGAGCCGGCCAACACACAAGUACUCGGAAGUGCCCACGAUACGGCCGACGACAUCCAGUUACAGCAACAAUCGGCACCAGCACAACUCAUCGCCGUCCGUGGUGGCCAACUCGACGCCAUCAUCGCCAGUGGUCACCACCGGACGGAAUAGCAACCAGCACACGGUCUCGAAUUCCCAGCCGAAGCAGGAGCAAGCGACGGUCAAACCCGGCGUGCCCGGCUCCGGUGCCAGCAGGCACACUGUACAGUCACAAUCCUCGUAUUUAUUAUUGUUAGUAACUCUGAUCUGUGUUAUAUUAGGUUGUAAUAAAUUUAGGUGUUAAACAAUUUUUUAUUUAAAAAUGAAAAA